UCGUUUUGAUGUUUUAUGUUUUUUGGAGAUUGAAAUGGACCGGUGUAGAAAAUGUUUUAUCGCCAAGACUGUUUUUGCACAAUCGUUUAUUUUCGAUUUUUUUUUUAAUUUUAUUUUUGUGGAAUAUGAUGAUCUAAAGGCCUUUCUGUUACAAUUGUGCUUCUGAACUUCGUUUGGGGACCUGUUUUCUCAAUUUUUGAUGAUGUUGUGUGUGUGUGAUUGUUGAGCCUAACUUGCCUGUGAUAGCAUUGUCGAGGAGCGCUCGUUGUUGAAUAGUUUGUGUUGCUUUUGGAUCCUUGGUUUGCUGAUAAGAUCACUACUGUGGGAUUGAAAAAUGAUUGGUUCUGUGGUGGAAUUGAAUGUUAAUGGUUUUGAAAAUGCUAUGUGGUAGACUUGGUAUAUAUAGCGCAUGGUUGUGGGUUGUACUUGUGAUGUGACUGCAAGGGUUAUACCUAUAUUUGCUGUGUUUUUGAGCUGGUGCUGUAAACAAAUACUGGGUGAUCAUGAUCAGAAGGAAAGGCUGUUUCCUAUCAGUUGAUUUAAUGCCUGAAGUUCAGGCUCUUUUUGUAGUCCUUUGAACUUUGGAUAUAACUGCAUGAUAAUAAAUGCAUUGGCAGAAAAUAUGAUCAGAAAUAGAAACCCGUAAUAGAACAUUACUGCGUGAGGUGGAUGGGUAAAAUUGUAAACAUAGAUGUUAUUCCAAGGGAUUGGUCAAUUGUGUAAAAUGAAGAAUUAUAAUAGUUGAUAGGAUCAUCAAUAGUUGUGAUUUUAACAAUUCCAUAAUCUGUUGUAAAAACGCAAGUAUUUUAUCACUAUUUCAAUGACCCACAGAUAUAACUGUGCAGUGCACUUUACCCUCUGAACUGUUCCCCUUUAUUUAGAGGAGUCAAAUCCUAUUUCAUGCAAGUCAAUAAGAGCUUAGUGAAAACUAUGAGCACAUGAACUACCUGUCAUGUUUAGCAUUUCUUAUAUAUAUAGACUCAACUUCAUUGGGGACUAGUGAGGUUUGGUAAUAAAAAUGGUUGUCAAUCUCAAGUGACAACUAGUAAUAACUACCAAGUUUAUGAGAUUGGUCAAGUCUACCUAUACAAUUUGGAAGCAAACUCGUUUUUCAGCAAUCUCGCCUCCUGUGUUGCUAAAAGAAAGAAUUAGUCUUUUCUUAGUUUUGUAUUUGUUGUCAUUUUAAGAACUCUGUCUUGUGUGAAAUUCUACAUGAUUUGCUACUAAACAUUACUACUUUAGUAUUGUAAUUUGCUAUUUUACUUUAAUAUAGAGUUGAUAUGUUGAGUUAUUAUGUUAUUUAUAAGUAUUGUAACAUUUUUUAUAUCAAGUCUACUCAUACGAGUUGUGAUUCGAUUUUACUGGGCCACAACAAGAUUAUGUAAACUCUCGAGAUUGACAACCUUGGUAGUAAAAGUAGAAAAUAAUGAAGAUGUCAAUGGUUUUUGUUGUUAUUUUAUAUAUUGUAGGCCUACCAUGGUGACUGCCUGAAAUGCAUUUAUUUAGAAUGCUAUGGAUGAAUGGCAGCCUAAAAGUUAGAACUAUAAUCUGUCAACAAUGGGAUAGAACAUCGAGAAUUUGUUGCUGCCACCCAACACUUUUUAAAGUGACCAGUUUAUAUAACUCCUACCGUUCCCUUGAAAUUUAAGAAAGAGUAUUUCUAUUCUAUUACAUGUUCACAGGCCUUCCAAUUUGAUUGAAUGAGCUUGUGGUGGCAACUAGGCUAUGACUUCGAGCAUGUUGAGUGGAGAGCGAAGAUGGGCCUCUUCUUCCAGAAGAGGUGGUAUGACUGUUUUAGGGAAAGUUGCAGUUCCAAAACCUAUCAACUUACCCAGUCAGAGGUUAGAAAAUCAUGGUCUGGAUCCAAAUGUGGAGAUUGUUCCCAAGGGCACACUCAGCUGGGGUAGUAGAUCAUCGACUUCUACAUCUAAUGCAUGGGGGUCUUCUUCUCUGUCCCCAAAUACUGAUGGUGGCACUAGUUCACCCAGUCACCUCAGUGCCCGGCCAUCAUCUGGUGGAAGCGGCACACGGCCUUCUACAGCUGGUAGUGACAGGGUUCUGGAGCCUACUGCUAAUUCAUGGGGGUCAAAUUCGCGGCCUUCAUCAGCAUCUGGGAUACUGUCUUCAAAUCAGUCUUCACUGUCAUCAAUGCGUCCUCGUAGUGCAGAAACAAGACCUGGUAGCUCACAGCUGUCUCGGUUUGCUGAACCCUUGACUGAAAAUUCAGGUGCUUGGAAUGCUGCUAGGACUACAGAAAAACUGGGAGUUACACAACCCAAGAACGAAGAAUUUUCUCUAAGCUCUGGAGAUUUUCCAACCCUUGGUUCUGAUAAAGAUAAGUCUGUCCUGAAUUCUGAUCUGCAAGACCACAGUUCUCAAGCUGACCCUGAUUCAUCUUCUGGUGGACUCAGGAAAGGGAUAGAUGAGACCCCUGUUAUUGAUGAUGUUCCUGUAAAUGCAAAUAUUAAGGGUGGAACUGGAAAUUCGUGGAGGAGAGAUUAUCAGGCUUAUAAUGAGGAAGGUGUGAGGCCAGGCAUAGAGAAAUGGCAGGGAAAUUCCCAACCUUUUCCUAAUGCUGGUAUUCCUCCACAACACUAUGAUGCUUGGCAUGGUCCUCCAGUAAAUAACCCCCAGGGCUGCGUUUGGUUCAGGGGUCCUCCUAGUGGUCCUCCAUUUGGAAAUCCUGUUACUCCAGGUGGCUUUCCAAUUGAACCAUUUCCAUAUUACCGUCCACAUAUGCCUCCUACUGGUCUUGCUAACCCACCCCCAGUUCCCCCUCCUGGAGCUGGACCAAGAGGGCACCAUAAGAAUGGAGAUGUCUACAGGCCUCAUAUGCCUGAUGCCUUUAUUCGCCCAGGCAUUCCUAUCAGACCUGGCUUUUAUCCUGGUUCAAUGGCCUAUGAAGGAUAUUACAGUUCUCCAAUGGGUUACUGCAAUUCAAAUGAAAGGGAUGUUCCUUUCAUGGGAAUGGCUGCUGGACCGCCUGUCUAUAAUAGGUACCCAAAUCAAACCCCCCCUGAACCUGGUAAUUCACAAGGUAGAUCUGGUGGAUAUGGUAAUGCUGGGAAGCAAUUGGCCUCAGAGCAAGUGGAAUCUAACCAUCCUCCUGAUACUGCUGGACCAUACAGAGUUCUUCUUAAGCAGCAUGUAUCAGAUGGGAAAAAUGAACCAACAAAUUGGGAGGAUUCAGAGACAACCAAUACAAAAUAUGUUGAUGGCAGGGGCCAACCAAGAAUGACUGUUUGGGAGAACGAGCAGAGAUCAAAUUACAGAAAGAAUGAGGAGAUGGAUUUGAGAAGUACUCAUGGUGAAGAAAUUUCUUCUCAGACUUCAGAAAAUCUAGUAUCUAGCUCUUCUGUCAUUAAGGCCAAAUUUUCUGAAAGCUCAGCAAACAAGAAAAAGUCCGAUGAUAUUUCGGCAAGGAAAUUUGAUGGUGUUGCAUCUGAUGUGCUAGAAAUCUCCCCGAGACCAUCUGCUCCAAAAGAUGCCAGUCUUAUUCAAAAGAUAGAGGGUUUAAAUGCAAAAGCCAGGGAUAAUUCAUCUGCUAGAAUUAAAGAGGAGCAUCGGAAUAAAUUCCAUGCUGGUAAUGCUCCGUUAAACCAUGUGGAAAAUGCAGUUGGUGCUGAUGUAGUGUUUCCAGCAAGAACCCAGGCCACAGAAAUCAUAAAUCCAGCCUACUGUGAAAUGGGUGCUGCUGGUGCAGAAAAGAGUGGAACAGCCACAUCCAGGCAAACUGCUCAUGGAGGCAGAGGCGACCAUCGUAACAAGGGAAGAUCAAACAAUCAAGAUGCUGAUGGUUGGCGAAAGAAAUCUGUUAUUGAAGAUUCUUCAGCUUCAUCAGGUGCACAGUUGGAAACAUCUAAUGUUCUUGUGGGUGACCAUCAAAUAUCCGUUCAAACCUACGAUAGGUCUGGGAACUAUAAUCAAGCAAGGCAUAUUGGAGAAUCUGUUCAAACCAGGUCUGAUCCUGCUGACAGUCAUGCACAGUUUGAAACUCAUCAGCGUGUCAAACUGAAAGAGAUAGCCAAGCAACGGACUAAGCAACUGCAGGAAGAAGAAGAGGAACGGACAAGAAAACAAAAGGCUAAAGCUCUUGCAAAGUUGGAUGAGUUAAACAGACGUUCUCAAGCAGGGGAUGGGUCAACUCAGAAAGAGGACAUCACAAAUUCUGCCAUCCAUAAUAAGCUAGAUGAAUUACAACCUUCUGAGUCUACAGCUGCAGCAGUCAAAUUUGGAGCUGUCAGUUCAGCUGUAAAUUCUAAUGCCAAUACUAUCUGUCAAGUAAAUGACCCCAGCAUUAGUAAAGUGGAAAAAUCACCGAUCUUGUCUGGUGAGACAGCUGUUGAGACGCUCAAGAGUUCUGGUAAAGAUCCUGUUGUGAUUCAUAAUCAAUCAGUGGCCCUGCACCAAGAUAUUAAUAAUGCUGAUGCUACUAAUGCCUUGCAUGUUCAUAACAAUAGCACCUCAAAGCAGAAGCGAAUGAGCUAUAAACAAAAGCAAAAUCUUCCUUCAGAGAAAACAUCAGGUGAAAAGGUUGUUUCUACCACCUCAAUUACCCUGAAAGUUGAGAAUGAGACAGUGAUUGAUUCUCUGUCUCCUGGCAUUGUUGCAAAUGAAGUUAGUUCAGCCUGUGGCUCAGACUUACCCAUGAAUUCAGCUGCUGUGGUCGAGUCUUCAGUAAACAUGAAAAAGAAGAAUAUGAGGAAUAACAAAAACAAACAGAAAGUUGAAGAAAGUUCAUCUUUGGCUGCACAACCAUCAACAUUUCCGAAAGAAACCAAUCUUUCCAAAAGUCCAGUUGAAAAUGAUAAGUCCAGGGCUUCUGACUUUGAGUUAGAUCAGGGCUCACUUCAGUCAGCACCCUUGUCUAAAGAUUCAAAUCAGUUUUCAGAGCAACAUAGAUAUUUAGGAAAUGAGGAAUCUCAUGGUAGAAUGAAUAGCCAGUGGAAAUCGCAGCAUUCUCGAAGGAUGCCAAGAAAUAUGCAGGCAAAUAGACCGGCAGAGAAAUCCCACGGGACUGAUGCUGUGAUGUGGGCACCUGUUAAACCUCAGAACAAGAGUGAGAUCAUGGAUGAAUCGAGUGAGAAAAAUAAAGUUGAGUCUGUUAAUCCUGUAAAGAAUGAGCAGCAGGUGCAUAAUUUAAAAAAUAAGAGGGCAGAGAUGGAGAGAUAUAUUCCAAAACCUGUUGCAAAAGAAAUGGCUCAGCAAGGAAACAUCCAAGUUGCUUCAUCGAGCAGUCAAGCUCCUACUGAUGAUAGUAUUGGGAAAGUUGAUUCUGGGUCACAGGGCCCCCAGGUCACUCAGCAUACUAAUUUAGUUUUUGGAAAAGUGGGUUCUGGAAUGGAGUCUAAAAAUAGAGAUGCCAGGCAUACAAAGCAGGGAAAAGCGCCUGGAUCAUGGCGGCAACGGAAUCUAACAGAAUCAACCAAUAUGCAUGAGGUGCAUGAUGUAAUGGAUCAUGAUUCAAACUCUGAACUGAAUGUUCAGAGACCAACAGAGCAUCAUCAUGAUCAGAAGUCUGAAAUAAGCUUUGUGAAAGGGCAAACAAAGCAUUUUAAUGACUCUGGUGAUGUUGAUGGUUCAAACAAUUCUAUAAAUGAUUCAGCUGCUUUGGCUUCAGUUCCUGUUAUUAAAGACCAUGCCUCAACAGGUAGAGGGAGGCGUGCCCCUUUCAGAGGACACAAGGGUGCAGGUGGGAACCGUGAUGUUGAUAAUAAAAAAAAUUCUGGGGAGGCAGAGAAAGUUGAAACACGUAUCUCAUCCUCCGAGCAUGGUCAACUGGAUGUUGGUGUGGCUUCUAAAGAAAAUCGAGGUGUUGGGGAGCGGUUGAUGUCUCAAUGGCAACCUAAAUCUCAAGCAUCUAACAAUCACAGAGGAAAUGUUCCAAUUGAUCAAAAUGUUAGCCCAGUUGUUGCUGGAGCUAGUAAAAAGGAUUCCACUCAUGAUGGAGAAUCUCUUCAAGUAAGCCGUGGCAAGAGUUCCAACACUCGUCUCUCCCAACCUUCCCAUGAUCAAUCAGUCUCUGAAAAGAGCAAGGCUGGAGAAGCUCUCCAUUUUGGGAAUCAAGAGAGUAAAAGAGAGAGAAAAAAUGCUCCAUCAAAAAGGCAUCACCACUCCCCAGUUCAGGUUUCUGUUACCUCAGUUGAGCAGGCCCCAACAAGUGAGGGUCUUUUGCACGAUCAACGCCCAUCAUCUGGGUCGGGCAAAAAUAUAAACCAAAAUCGGUUUCGAAGAGGACAUGAAUCACAUGGAGAUUUGAAGCCACCAACCCAGGAUAACAGACAUUAUAAUCAACCUACAAACCGGGAAAGGCAGGGUUAUGAGUAUCACCCUGUUGGCCCAUAUGAUGACGGCAAAUUGGACAACUUUGAACGACCUAAAAAUGGUAACCAUGGUGGGGGAAGAUUUCGGGAGAGAGGUCAAACUCAUCCCCGCCGAGGCGGCGGAAACUCUUAUGGACGCCAGGGUGGUUUUGAAUCCUAUGAUUAGAUGCCGAGCUAAUUAGUAGUGGAGAGACUUUCCUAAGGCGGUCUUUGUGUCUUCCAUCAGAAGCCGUACAUCCAUCAACUGUAUUGCUGUAUUCAGCCGUGUUUUCAGUAUGUAUUCAGCAGGGCUAGGAGCGACGAAGAUGGUGUCCCCGUUUUUGUGGGGGACUGGGGGCAGAAAAGGGUUUCGUGAAUAGAGUACCGUGGUUGAUUGUUAUUUUUCUAGUGUAAUCUGAUUGAAAAAAUAGUAAUUUGAUGGCAUUUUGUUUUUUUUAAUGAAAGUAUGGAAUACUUGACAUGUUUCAACGUGUCUAUUGCUAGGGAUAACAAGGAUACCAAAGGGAGAACGUGUGUGUUCUACGGUGCCCUUUUCUUCCUCGUAUUUUUGCUGGGAAAUAUAUUAAAUGUGCUCAAGCGUUUGCGCAGUCUGAGUAAAAAUAAUUAUUUGAAUUGA